AUGGGCUCUGAUAGAGAAGGAAAUUACAAAAAGAAAAAUGAAGUCGCGAUCCCUUCUUAUGGCAAUUCUACUAUGAGGCUUAGAUGCCCAUUUAGGUUGAGAUCUGUUCCGAGUGGUAUUGGUUGGAAGGUGGUGGUUAAAUGUGGGAUGCAUAAUCAUAGACUAGAUAAGGAUUUGGUAGGUCAUGACAUCUUGGGCCGUCUAAAAGAUGAUGAAAGAAAGUUUGUGAAUGACAUGACGAAGUACAAUAUGGCACCAAGGUACAUCGUGUCUGCUUUGAAAGACAAAGACCCAAGAAAUAUUACGAGUACUACCCAGAUAUACCGAGUUAGAGCAACAUACAGACUGGGCAAGAGAGGUGCACUAACAAAAAUGCAAAUGUUAUUGAGCCUUAUUCACCAAGAGAAAUACAUGUGUUGGUCUAGAAAUAAGGAGAGUUCAGAUAUUGUGGCUGAUAUCUUCUGGACACACCCUAACUCUGUCAAGUUGUUGAAUAUGUUUCCUCUGGUGUUGAUUUUUGAUUGCACGUACAAAACAAAUAGGUACCGACUACCUCUGCUUGAGAUUGUUGGUGUUACAUCAGCAAAAUUGACGUUUUCAGUUGCUUUUGCAUAUUUGGAAUAUGAAAGAGAGGAGAACUUAACAUGGGCACUAGAUAAGCUUAACGAGUUGUUCUAUUAUGAGAAGUUGCUACCAGAUGUCAUGGUGACGGACCGGGAACUUGCAUUAAUGAAUGCCAUUGAUUCUGUGUAUCUAAAUGUGUCUCAUUUGCUGUGUACGUUUCAUAUUUCAAAAAACGUUAGCAUGAAAUUUAAAGAGUAUGUGAAAUCAGAAAGACAAGAACAUGUCAUGGAUCAAUGGAACAACAUGAUGUAUUCAAAUACAAAAGACGAAGAUAUCAUGGAUCUAUGGAACAACAUGAUGCAUUAA